UGCGGAGCUUAUGCCGCGGCCAUAGCGGCAUCGGCUGCGGAAGGAGCGACGGGGGGAGCGCGGCAGGUUAAAAUGAUGACCGGUAAUAUGGAGCAGGACUUACAAGUGUUUCAGGAACAAGCUGUCGCUAAAGCUUCUCCAUGUGAAGCUGAACUUCAGGAAUUAGUGCAUCAAAUUGACAUCAUGGUAAACAGCAAGAAGGUGGAAUGGGGAAGGAAGAUGAAAGCUUUAGAAGCAAAGGUGGAUAUCCAGGAUCAAGAAUUAGCAAGUGCCCAAAGCAAACUGGAUCAGAAAGGUCAAGAGGUGGGACUGCUACGACAGAAACUGGAAGACUUACAGAAAACUAAAUAUGAAAUGGCUCAGAAUUAUGAAACUCAGUUUCAAGCACUGCAAUCUCAAUUUUCAAAGUUGACACGUAGUUAUGAAAAGCUACAGUCACAUCAGUUAAAACAAAAAAAGGUUGAAAAUAGAGAAAAAUGCGAGGAAAGCCUAGAGAUACCAUCUGAACUGAGACAUUUAUACAAGAAACUGGAGGAAUUUCAGGCAAAAUCAAGAGAAUGGGAUAAGAAGGGGACAAUCUGCCAAAAUUAUCUUGUUUAUUUAGAUGCUCAACAAAAAUUAUUGUCUGAGAAAUGUAAUCUAUUUCAGAAGCAGAUCCAGAAUUAUCAAUUCCAAAUAAGCAAUAAGAAACAAAACCAGGAAGAGGUAAUUACCUAUGGCCAGCCGAAAAGUGAAAAGAAUGAGUUGAUUAUUGGAAAGCUAAAGGCAACUGUGAAUGAAAUAGCAAUAAACAAGAAUAAACUAGAAGAGGAAAAUCUGAAACUCCGGGAGGAUCUAAAAAUGUACCAAAACGAGGCCCAGAACAUGGAGGCAGGCUUUUCAGAAAUGAGAAAUGAGCUGCAGUCACGGGAUGCUCUCUGGAGAAGAAUGCAACUGGAAUGCCAACAGUUGCAUACAGAAUUAUUGAAAAUCAGAGAGUAUAAAGAUAUGCAGGAAAUUCAAAUAAAGCAUCAAUCAUCUUGUGUACAACUUACUGAGCAACUAGAAAAUAAAAACGCUGAGUUAUUACUAUUGGCACAAAGUCAAGAACACCAGCGAGAAGAGCUAAACACGAUAAGAAACCAUGUUUAUCGAGAGAAGCAGUCCCAUUGCUCUAAGCAGGAAAGAAUGAAGACAGAAAUCUCUGACCUGACAGAAGAGCUUCAUCAGAAGGAGAUCACUAUAGCAACUAUCAUGGAGAAAGCUAGUCUUCUGGAAAGACAGUUAAAAAUGGAGUUAGAGAUAAAAGACAAAUUGUUAGCAAAACAACAGUUGUUGGAUUUCCAAUACAAAGUUAUCAAAUCUGAAAACAUACAUCUAAAAGAGAUGGUGGAAAACCAGGAGUGUAAAAGUUGCACGAGUAUAGAUUUAUCUAACAAAGAACAUGGAAAUUUUACAGCUUCCAUUCACAAACUGGAACAUGAUAAUGUCAGAUUACAAAAUAGUCUGGUUAAACUACAAAAUGACACAGAAACAUCAAUACUGGGUCACAUGGAUACAUAUGGAGAAACAGAGCACAGCUACCAAACCCAUUCAAAGAUGCAAGAAAAAGAAGAGAGAACUUUGCAAAAGAAAGAUGCAUGGGAAAUGGAACAUCAACAGACUGCUAUGUUCACAGCCAGUGGAUACCCCAGAAACUGUAGUCCUGCUUUGUAUGGCCAAGGCAAUAUCACUGGUUCAAAAAGUGAUAGCACUUUAUCUUCUCAUACACUUCACAGAGGUCAUGAAAAGAAAAUAGUUUAUAAAUCUCCAUCACCACCAACGGGGAAUCCUUUGGGCUUUGGUGGGCUGUUUCCUGAAAAGGGCAGAACAGGCAGCUUACUGAGCCCUGCUUACAAUGCAGAAGAAAUCAAAUUAUCAUGUCCCCCUGAGAUGUCCUUCCUUGCAACAACAGAAAAGUUCCUUCAAGAGGAAGAGAAACAUACAAGAGAGUUUGAAGAACGUUUAAAUUCACACCUUGAAGAACUGCAAAGACAUUCUGAAAAUACUCUAAAAAAGUAUGCCAGGAUACAGCAAAGUGAGCAUACUUAAGCCAGUCACACAAUUAAGAAAAUAAAACCAAGUAAUCACUCGUGGGUUUCUUAGAACUAAAAUCUGCAACUAGCUGCUUAAUGUAUUUAGGCACAUUGCCAAUAGCAUGUAUUUCUAACACCAAGGUUUCAAUAAGGUAAUCAUUAUCCUGCAGAUUUAGGUAUAUUAUAACUUAACUCUGUUACAAAAUAUCAUACUCUAAACAUAUUCUAAAAUAUACAGGUUGGUUUUGCAUAGUUAAAUUGUGUGCAGCAGAGACCCUGUUGCAGCACUGUAAAUUAAGUAAGAUACUUUCAAUUCUGUGAUGUACAGAGGGCUAAUAAGUGGAAUUAUUCCCUUGAAAAUAUUAUCAGCCAAGAGAAAUUCUCUAGAUUGCACAGAACAAGAAUAAUAGGGGCCUUUAGCCAUGUCAUAGCUCCUAGCAUAAAGAGCUUAUCUAUGCUCUGGUUAUUUUUGGCUAUAGAAAUAGCCCUUGGGACUCUUGAAAUGGGAAGUUUGAGCUCUUUCUUUCUUAUGCUCUAAGCCAUGCAUGUCCAUGAGAGGAACAUGAAUAGACAAAGCACAUAUUUUGAAGCCACCCAUAUUGCCCCUUUCACCAGACCUACAGACCUCACCUGGGGCAGAGCCUGAUCUCAGGUGCUUUACAUGCUUUACAUUAAUACUUUACCAUUUUUAAAUCCUGUCUUCCAAAGCACCUGUUUUGAUAUUGAUGUUUUGAUACUAUGUUGCCUUGUUGUUUAACUACAUUGGAACAGGGAAAAAACCUUUAAGUUCAGACAACUUGUGAUCAGUCUUAGGUAAGGGCCUAAAUUCUUUGUAUUUUUCUACAACAUUGGAAAACAUUAUAAAACUGAGCAGAGUUAAUUCAUCUCCAUGUGCUGAAAAACUGCAGAAUGUUGAGAUUCCUUUUAUUUGCAAUUCAUACUGAAUUCUAUUGCUGUGCAAGUGAAACAGAAAUUACAGACAGUGUUGAUGAACCACCAAUUUCAGUGAAAGAGAUACUGAAGAACUGCUUUCCAGCACAUACUGUUGCCAACUUCCUGGAAAAAUCUGGAUAAAAAUAAUACCAGACUGUCAAACAGCUCCAGUUUGUGAGUAAAAGAAGUCUCAUUAAUAUUCAAGACCACAGCAAAAAUGUAAAUUGUUUUUGGAAGCUGUAUUUCCAUUAAGACAAAAUACAUCUCACUUCCACAAAAUACCAUGAUUUUAAAUUCCAGUGUGGCUUGGUUUGCAAUAAAAUGAGUAAUGAAAAUGAGGACAUCAAAGAACCUUUUACAGGAAAAUUCAGGAAAAUGACUAGACUCAGCUGGAGGAACGAGGACUGAGUAAGAUGAUGAUGGAAGGACAUCUGAACAAACUAAAUACAUAUGUGUCCUCAACUUAAGGGGAGAUGCACCUGGGAGUUUUAAAAGAACUAAUGAAGAAAUUUAGGAACCUCUGGAAAUGAAGCUAAAUUUUAAGCUGGGAAAUACCAGUAGAAGCAAAAAGACAGCAAAAUAUUGUCUUUCAGAAAGGCAAGAGGAAAAAAAUAUGGGAUAUUAACCAGUUAGCCAGAUUCUUUUGCCACUGCAAGAUUUAAACAUACAACAAGACACUACGCUCCAGAUCUUCAAAGAAACAUAUGUGUCCAAGUCCAGUCCAGGCCAGAGGAUCCCUCUCAUGAUACAGGUCUGUGUGAUGAUACGGAAUGAAUGACUAAAAUUAUCAAAAAAUGAGUAAGAUUUUUUUCUAAAGCUUUUUAACAUCUGGCCAAGCUACUAACUUUGGCUAAUGAACUAACAAGUUUCAGCCUGGCUUUUGUGUAACGUCCUAUAAUAAACUCCCCGUAAAAAGCACCACAAA